AUGUCAUAAAAUUCUUUGAAAAGUAUCAAAGUGCUUUGGCACACAUUGGCUGAGAUAGGGGCCAUUUAGUUCAGUCAGGUUGUAUUGACUUACAUGGGACUGUGCAUCAUUGACUUAAUAUGAAGGCAUCAUUGACUUAAUAUGAAGAUAUCAGCAGAUCCCAAUAGAGGCCAUUGGUUUCCAUUGAUUAUCACAAAAAUACCAAAAAUACACUAUUACCUGAAUCGAUUGCAAACUUAAUAAUUUCACAAUCACACCACUUCUUUGAGUGAACACAUUUGUCAAAAUUAAAAAUGUCGGAAAAUAACGCAAUAGUAAACUCUGUAAUUGACAUAAUACAAUCUACUGGUGACCAUGAGCGAAAAGAAAAGCAGGUAGUAAAUUCUGUCAGCCGGAUAUUGUCAAAUGAUUCUGACGCUAAAAUAACCCCAAAUGAUGCACAACGAAUAUACACCGCUUGGGCAGAUUCGUAUGAUAAGGACCAUGGGGACAAGGUGUACUUCUACAAAACCCCAAUACGCGCUGCCAAGCACUUCGCUGAGCUGUUCAUAGAAGCAGAGAGGGCAGCUGUUAAAGUUCUCGAUAUAGCGGCAGGCACUGGUGCUGUGGGACUAGAGCUGCAGAGACUAGGUUUAACUGAUAUUGAUGCUGUAGAUGCUAACCAGGCCAUGCUAGAUGUAGCCAAGUCUAAGAAUGUUUACAACCGACUGAUUUGUGACUUCCUUGGACCCAACACACUUGAUAUCAAAGAUGAUGCAUAUGAUGGCGCAGUUGCCACUGCUUGUUUCUACAGGACCCACGUCCACGAGGAUUGCUUUCCUGAAUUAAUCCGCGUUAUUAAACCUGGAGGUCUGCUACUGAUGCAAAUACGAGGCGACGCCCUUGAAGAAAUGGUGGGAUUUAAAGAAGCUAUGAAGCAACUUGAAAAUGACCAAAAAUGGACAUUGGUGAAAGAAGAAUAUUUUCCCAACUGGUUUUCUGACAAAGCAAUUGAAGGUUUCAGAGUAGUUUAUAGAAUAAAUUGACUUCAAUUUAAUUCAAAAUAUUUUGAAAUCGAGGAAAACUUGUGAAAGAUUGUGUUUGAAAUUAUUGCAGUGAACAUCGUAAAAGCUUGGCAUUUUUAAACUGGUUUCUUUUAAUAGAUGUCAUUCAUGUAUGCAUCUUCAUAAACACUCUUUGUUUGAUAUAACAAAAGUAGUUCCGGAUUAGCAAUGUAAACUGUAUGCCGAGUGGAAUAUAUGUUUUUGUUAAAUACACUUAAAUUCAAAUUUUAUAUCAAGUAAGCCUGAUUGUAAAUUACUCAAUCAAAUUUAAAUAUAUUUGGUUUGUUUUAUGUAAUUACAUUAAAUUCAAAUCCCAUGGCUUCAAUCUUACAUAUAAGAGCAUACUGUCGCCAUGCGCAAAUUAAACGCGCAUUUAGCCACUUCUAUGAUUUGCGAAGCUAUCCGAUGAAGGCGGGUGUUUGUUUGCGCCUGUGUGUGUUGCCGUUGUUGACGCCUGUGAAAAC